AUGUCCAAUGACAUACAGAAGGCCGACCAAAUAGCACACAGAUUCUACACAAAGCUUUGUCUCGUCGUCUCAAGUGCUAGGGCCACUUCUGAGCUAAAGUCUCAAUCAAAGGUCGAUAAAUGGUUCAACCUUGAAACCCCGGACUCUGACCUCUUCAGAGAUCAUCUGCGUAGAUACAAAGCAGUAUCUACUACACCUGCGCCACCCCCGUUCGAACUUCAGGUCCUACUCUCCGUCCCGGAUCUUAUCACUAAUCAAGUCUUGGUUCACCUUGCACAUGACUCCUCUCGCUCUCGUGUCGACCCAGCGCACAGGCACAUCGUACUCGAGAAUUGGUUGCUUAACUUUGUUCCAGAACCUCGUGGCGACAGUGACUCCGACAGUGUGGCACCAUCCACCAUUUACAAGCACGGAAUACCUCUUUUCCGGAGUAUCUACAGUUUACUUCGUAUCCUUCCCUCCUGGAAGCUUUACAAGAAGCUUAGGAGGCGCACGAGUAAUGCAUACCGGAACGGCAACCUAAGUAUCCAUUUGCGCGUCAAGGGCCUCGACGAUGGCGUUAGCGUGACUGACAUCCUCGAUUUCGACACACCCCCUGCACCCAAUGCACCACCACUACAGCAUCAGACACAUCUCUUCCCUGCCAUUCCACACCCUUCAGGUACACUUUCCCUUGCCAUCACCUACCUCUCUUCUCCGAACUUCCAGCUCGACGAACUUGAGUCUCUCCUCUCCUCUCGCUUCCUCUCUCUAGAUGAAGGACCGGAGUUCACCCCUACCCUUGCAAAGAAUCAGCAGCGUGAUUCCUUGACAGCCCUUCCAGGUAGUCUACCAUUGCGUUCAUCUCUUCCAAAGUCGCCGCCGUCCUCGAUCGCAGAUCGUUUUGUUCUCCCUGCCCCAAAUACUCACUCGCGUACAAACUCCAUGCCAGUCGGUCAGAGUCCUCGCUUGGGCGCUUUCCCCAUGAGUCGUACUUCAACCGGUGCCGGUAUCAAUGCAGGAUCAACAUCUGCCCUCUCGAUCGCGUCCUCGCGUCAAGAUUCGAGUACAGCUUGGUCCAAGGAAGAUACAGGACCUUUUUCGGGUGUUUCCGCUGCUGCACGCAUCAGAUUGGAGAGUAUGGGAGGAAAGAGUAGUAGUGCUGACCUUCCCUCUGCCCCAGGGCCACUUCCGAUUCGAAGACCAGGCAUUAACCCGGUCCAUCCAUUCAAGACAUCCACACUGUCAUCAGGCUCUCCAUCCCUCCACUCACCUUCCCCUUCUCUGCGUCAGCCGUCGCCACUCGCCGCAGGCAAUCCAUCACUGCCUUCUCGCCCGGUACCACCGUCACCUAACUCCUCUCGCGUUGUUCCACACUCUUCGAUUGGAUUUGGCAGGCAAUCACCAAGUAGCAUCGGAGGCCGGUCAGAAGGCGAGGAUACAUCUCCGAAGAUUCCAACGAGGAAGCGUUAUUCCAGCAGUUUUGGUCAUCGCUACGCUGCAGCCGGAGGUGGGGGGAGCGUUGGAAGUACAGGAAGUGGGGAACGAGCAGAGGUGAGCGACCUCAGUACCUCCUUCCUUGGUGUACCCACUGAUGACGAUGAGAUAUCCAUCUUUGUCAAAGAUAUUGAUACGCGGAAGCCACUUAACGCUCAACGUCAACCUUCUCCUGCGUCUAUACAUGGCCCACCCGCUGCACCUUCACAUACCAAAUCGGAUUCCAUGGGUUCCGCGGGUCCGAUGUUGACACGAGAAGAAGAAGUUGACGAACGUUUACGCCAUAUGAACGAGACAUUCCUUGCGAGCUUGGAGGGACUUGGUGGUGGCCGGAGAAGAGGGAGUAUGGGUGGAGAUUCAGCGGGCGGAAGCCCUAUUUCAAGUGCCAGUGGACGUGGUGAAGGAGAGAACAGAGGUGUGCGACCCGCGGAGAUCUGGCGGGAAAUUUCAAGACCGAGACUUGGCGACUUACGCAGCAUGAGCGCCGACGACGUCGCUUCGAGUGGCGGGUCUGCAGAAGUGAUGGGGAAGUUGGAGCUCGAUGAGGAGCCUCAGGCACAAGGACAAGGUCCCCGUUGA